AGGCUGGGCUGGGAGGUGGGCUGAAGCGUGCAGCAGGUCAGGUCAAGCGUGCCUGAGUAGGUUCAAUGGCGUGGCAGGGGCUGGCGGCCGAGUUCCUGCAGGUGCCGGCGGUGACGCGGGCCUCCACUGCAGCCUGUGUCCUCACCACAGCUGCCGUGCAGCUGGAACUCCUCAGCCCCUUCCAGCUCUACUUCAACCCGCACCUCGUGUUCCGGAAGUUCCAGAUCUGGAGGCUGGUCACCAACUUCCUCUUCUUCGGGCCCCUGGGAUUCACCUUCUUCUUCAACAUGCUCUUCGUGUUCCGCUACUGCCGAAUGCUGGAGGAGGGCUCCUUCCGCGGACGCAAAGCCGACUUCGUCUUUAUGUUUCUCUUCGGGGGCGUCCUUAUGACACUGCUGGGACUCUUGGGCAGCCUGUUCUUCCUGGGUCAGGCGCUCAUGGCCAUGCUGGUGUAUGUGUGGAGCCGCCGCAGCCCUCGGGUGAGGGUCAACUUCUUUGGCCUCCUCACCUUCCAGGCACCAUUUCUGCCCUGGGCACUCAUGGGUUUCUCACUGCUGUUGGGCAACUCAAUCCUCGUGGACCUGCUGGGGAUUGCUGUGGGCCACAUCUACUACUUCCUGGAGGACGUUUUCCCCAACCAGCCUGGAGGCAAGAGGCUACUGCUGACCCCCGGCUUCCUGAAGCUGCUACUGGACGCUCCUGAGGAGGACCCCGACUACCUGCCCCUUCCCGAGGAGCAGCCGGGACCCCACGGGCCACCCCUGCAGUGAGCCUGCCUUGGGCCAGCACCCGAAGUUUCCUGCCAACUCCACUCUUCUCCCUGCUCCUGCUCACAGCAGACCAGUCUGUCCUGGAGGCUGGGCCCAUGCCAGCGCUCACCCAAAUAAACAGUCACCUGCAGCGUCUGCUCCCACAGCACUGGCUCCCCGUUUUGGCCACCACACCUUCCAUGGCCUUCUAUGUCUGCCUCUUUGCCUUUGCCCAGCCUGCCCUCAGCCCAAUUGCAGGUGAUCAGGCGGGGGCCCAGACAGGGCAAAGCUGCUGCCCCUGAAUGCCCACCAGAGUUCUGAGCUCACAAAUGACAGACUCUAAGAGUCCUUGCUCCAUUCCUGCCACUGCCUUGCAGGACAUGUCCUACCCACCUUAGGCCUCUAUUUCCUGCCGUUCAACAAAGGGGUUGGUCAGAUUUCAGCAGCUGGGGCCAGGACUCAGCCCAUUCUAGAGAUGCCCCUGCCUACAGUACUCUUGGGUUGAUGCCCACCCAGCCUCCCCCGUCCUCAUCAACCUUGACAAGUGAGCCUCUUCUUCAUUUCCCAGCCGGUGCCCUGCAGGCCCCAUGAGGUCAGGGCAGAGACGUGCAAUAGGGCCCUCCUGCCUUCUGUGACCCCAGGCCUUGAGAAGUUUCACCUGGCUAAGGCAGAGCCCUCUGGGAAGCUGUCCCUGCCAUUUAAGCUGAGGACCUGUGUGAGCCUUUCCCUCCCUCCCCCUGGAACAUGGAUAUCCCCUGUGGCCAGCUUGUUGCUCUAGGCCUGUUCCCAGUGUGGCUUCUUCCUGGAUGCUCAGCAGCACGGGGCUCUGUCAGCCAUAGCGUGUCAUUUUUAUGAUAACAAAAAUGUUCUCUGUGAGUCUGACUUCAAUUUUCUAGUAAAAUCUGGUAAAGCAGCAA